AUGGCUGGCGUUUGUGCAUUAGCUGAUCGCCUGUGCAGUGCCUCUGCCAAUGGAAAUUUACCAGAGGUUUUAUCAUUACUACAAAAUGGAGCUGAUGUCAAUGGGAGGAAUGCUUUCAAUAGGACUCCACUGCAGGUGGCCAAGCUGGGCAACACAGCCGUCAUAGAGGCCCUCCUGCAGGCCGGAGCUGACCCGAACCUCCGCGACACGGUCCUCGGCCUGACUGUCACCCACGAUACCGCCCGCGAAGGAUUCGAGGACACCAUGCGGGCUCUUCUGGCCCACGGGGCGGACCCCAACCUCGUGGACGAACGAGGGGACCUCCCGUUGCACUCCGCCGCCAAAAGCGGCAGCGUCGAAGCGGUGCGGCUCCUACUGGCAGCCACGGCCAACCCCCGACAAGUGAACCGGGAUGGCGAGACCGCCGAGCAGUCGGCAGUCCUCCGCGGGUGGGACGACACGGCUGCCUGCAUCCGCAACUACCUGCAAGGCUUUGAGUGA